CCACAUCACACAGAGAGAUGGAACAGCUGGCAGUGUUUCAGAUCCCUGGAUUUACAAAUAAUCCGAAUUAAACGCGUUCACUGGCGAAACGGUUAUAUAAGUUUCAGUCCGCCGUCACUUUCGGUUCAGAGGAGUACAUCCGGUAAAUGUUUGGGACACGAUUUUAAACCCUGGCAUGUUUUCAGACAUCAUGGACUACGAGCUAGAAGAAGAUAAGCUUGGGAUUCCCACAGUUCCUGGAACAGUGACACUAAAGAAGGAUGCACAGAACCUGAUUGGGAUCAGUAUAGGGGGCGGGGCUCAGUACUGCCCAUGUCUCUACAUUGUACAGGUGUUUGAUAACACUCCAGCAGCACUGGAUGGGACUUUGGCUGCAGGUGAUGAGAUCACAGGUGUAAACGGUAAAGCAGUAAAGGGCAAGACCAAGGUGGAAGUGGCCAAGAUGAUUCAGGCUGUACAGGGCGAAGCAGUGAUACACUAUAAUAAACUACAGGCUGACCCCAAACAGGGCAAAUCCCUAGAUAUUGUGUUGAAGAAAGUGAAGCACCGGUUGGUGGAGAACAUGAGCUCAGGAACAGCAGAUGCACUCGGACUGAGCAGAGCCAUCCUCUGCAACGAUGGACUUGUAAAGAAACUGGAGGAACUGGAGAAAACUGCAGAGCUGUACAAAGGGCUGAUGGAACACAGUAAACGGUUACUCAGGGCAUUCUUUGAGCUCUCACAGACACACAGAGCAUUUGGUGAUGUGUUCUCUGUGAUCGGGGUUCGGGAGCCUCAGGCUGCAGCCAGUGAGGCGUUUGUGAAAUUUGCAGAAGCUCAUCGUAACAUUGAGAAAUACGGAAUCCAGCUGCUGAAAACCAUCAAACCUAUGCUCCAUGAUUUGAACACGUACCUCCAUAAGGCGAUCCCAGACACCAAACUGACAAUCCGCAAAUACCUGGACGUCAAGUUUGAGUACCUGUCAUACUGUUUGAAGGUGAAGGAGAUGGACGAUGAGGAGUACAGCUGCAUUGCACUGGGAGAGCCGCUGUACCGCGUCAGCACGGGGAACUACGAGUACCGUCUGAUUCUGCGAUGUCGACAGGAAGCUCGCACUCGAUUCGCUAAAAUGCGUAAAGAUGUUCUGGAGAAGAUCGAGCUGCUUGACCAGAAACAUGUUCAGGACAUUGUGUUCCAGCUACAGAGGUUCGUCUCGGGGAUGUCGCGUUACUAUGACGAGUGUUACGCUGUGCUGAAAGAGGCCGAUGUUUUUCCUAUCGAGGUGGACCUCUCACGUACCACCCUCAACUACACCGGCCCAAACUACGAGGAUGAGGAAGAGGAGGGCGAGGAGGAGCGAGAAGAGGAGAAAAGAGAGCAGACUGAGAAUGGAGCAGAGAAACUGAUUGAUGAUGAAUGAAUGAUGGCGUGAAGGAGAAUGAACAGUGGAGGAGGAGAAAUAAUUCUAAUGCAGAACAAGUGGGAGAGUGUCUGUUUUUGUUAUUUUCCCCAUAUUCCUGCUGUGAGUGUGUGUGUGUGUGUGUGUGUGUGUGUGUGUGUGUGUGUGUGUGUGUGUGUGUGUGUGUGUGUGUGUUUGUGUUAAACUGUAGUCAUUUAUCUGUGUAUGUAAUUAGCAAUCUUUCAGUUAGGACACAAAUCCACCUCUAAUCCUUUCAUCAUGGAUUUCAGACUCUCACUUACUCACUCUCACUCUCGCCCACUAUCUCCUACUUACUCACUAUUUCACUCCCGCCCACUAUCUCAUACUCACUCACUAUCUCACUCUCGCCCACUAUCUCAUACUCACUCACUAUCUCACUCUCUCCCACUAUCUCAU